AUGUCUCAUUUUUGUGGAAGACUUUCUACUAUUUUGUCCCGCCCUCUGGCCCAGCGCUCCUUAUUUCACUCCCAGUCUGUCUUGUAUGGCCCAAGAGUAGUGGCUACUCGUAAGCUCCUUCCAGAGAGCCAGGCACGUCUCGAAGCCCAGGGGUUUGAUUUGGUCCAAUGGAAGGAAGAUGCUUCGAUGCCCCGAGAUCUGCUCUUGAAAGAAGUCAAAGGUGCCGAUGCUCUUUUGUGCGUAUUGUCCGAUAAAAUUGAUAAGGAAGUAUUUACCACUGCAGGUCCUCAGCUUAAGCUGGUUACCACUAUGAGUGUAGGUUAUGAUCACAUCGAUCUUGCUACUGCUCGCGAGACAGAGACUAAGAUUGGCUACACACCCGACGUAUUGACCGAUGCUACUGCUGAUCUUACCUCUGUACGUGCUGCAGAGACAGGCGAGUGGAGAGAGUGGCGCCCUGACUGGUUGUGUGGAUCACAAUUUACAAACCGUACUUUGGGUGUCGUUGGAUUGGGCCGCAUUGGCGAGGCUGUUGCUAGUCGUCUCAAAGCAUUUGGAAUUGGAGAAGUUCUUUACUGGGGUAGAAAUAAGAAGCCUGUUGUCGAAGCUAAAUUGAACGCUAAACUUGUAUCCAUGGACACCCUCUUGGCUGACUCUGAUUAUAUUGUUGUAUGCUGUGCCAUGACACCUGAUACUAAGGAGCUGUUUGACUAUGAAGCUUUCUCUAAGAUGAAGAAGAGCGCUAUUUUUGUUAAUACUGCUCGUGGUGGUAUUGUCAAGCAAGACGAUCUUGUACGCGCAUUGGAUGAAAAGCUUAUUGCUGGCGUUGGUCUGGAUGUUACGACACCUGAACCCUUGCCUAUCGAUCAUGCACUAUUCAAGUUCCCUAAUUGUGUGAUUCUUCCCCACUUGGGAAGCGCUACUGUAGAAGCUCGCGAAGAAAUGGGACAAAUGUGCAUUGAGAACAUUGUUGCUGCUCUUGAUGACAAGGCCAUACCAUUCGGUCUUCGCUUGUAG